AUGAAUGCCUCAGUGUUGAGUCAGGGUGAUCAGGUGCAGAGUUACCGCUGGGUGUUGCUGCGUACUACCGUUGGUGAUAUCGAUAUUGAACUAUGGUCGCGAGAAUGUCCAAAGGCGUGUCGGAAUUUCAUUCAAUUGUGUAUGGAAGGCUACUACAACAACACGAUCUUUCAUCGUGUCGUAAAAGAUUUCAUUGUACAGGGUGGAGAUCCAUGUGGAGAUGGUACAGGUGGCGAAUCGAUAUAUGGUCAUCCCUUCAAAGAUGAAUUCCAUUCACGUCUACGCUAUACCAGAAGAGGUCUUGUCGGUAUGGCCAAUUCGGAUAAGGACGAUAAUGGAUCACAGUUUUUCUUUACAAUGGGACCGACACCAGAGUUACAAAACAAAAAUACUCUAUUUGGAAAAGUUACUGGGGACACAGUUUUCAAUAUGUUAAAGUUGGAGGAAGGUGAAGUGGACCACAAUGAAAGACCUAUGUAUCCCCAUAAAAUAUUGAAGGCAGAGAUUCUAAAGAAUCCGUUUGAUGAUAUUGUACCAAGGGAACUGAAAAAGGAAGUCAAGAAGGACAAGAAAAAGAAGAAAGAAAAGGGUGUCAAAAAUUUUGGCUUAUUAUCAUUUGGCGAAGAAGCCGAAGAAGAUGAAGUUGAAACCACAGAAUUUGUACAAAAAAAUGCUGGAAAGGCAAAAUCCUUGCACGAUGUCGUAGAUGAUCCGAAGUUAAGCAAAGAACCAGUUAAAGUAAAAUUGGAAGACGACAGCAAUUCAGAAUCAGAGGGGGAAUGGAAAGUACCCAUAAAGGAGGAGCCAUUAGACGAUGAGGAAUUGUAUGACCGAAAACAGCGCAUUAAAGACAAACUGAAAUCAAAAACUCUAGAAAAAUCUAAAAAAAGUAAAGGGCCCAUCAAAGUAGAAGAAAUUUCCGAUUCAGAUGAUGACGAAUUGCUAACGCAUGAAGAUGAGAAGAGACUUCAAAAGGAGAAGAAAAAGGAAGAAAUUCGCCAAGAAAUCCAAUCGCUGAAAAAACAGUACCAAAGCGAAAAGAGACAAAAAGACGAAGAACUGGAAAAGAAAAUGCAAAAGGAUUCCAAAGAAAAGGCCAAGAAAAUGGAACAUGACAAUAACGAACUGAUCAAAAGUUUCAUUGAAGAAAAGGAAAAAUAUGAAAGUCUUAAAGCGAAAAUACCCAAAAAAGGCGCCAGUCGAGAAGAUUUCACAUUAAGUUUACUAUCCAAGUUCCGUUCCAAAUUGGAUGCUUUGAAACAAAAACGUGAAGAUCCUGAACAAGAAGAUAUUGAGGUGGAGAGUGAUAAAGUCGAUGACAAUGUGGUGGAGAAAGAAAUUCAAGGCGAUGAUUGGCUGUGUCAUACAUUGAAGUUCAAGGAAGAGGUCCCUGUCUUGGCUAAGGAUGCCUCUACCAAAGGUGAUGAUUGGUACGAUGUAUAUGAUCCCCGUAAUCCCUUGAACAAACGGAAACGUAAGGAGGCCAAUGCUCGUUCAGAUAGUCAAAAUAAAAAACGCCAUUAA